GACCCGCACCUUCACUUUGCGCACGGCGGUCGCGCGGACUUCCGCGGCCGGCACGGCGUCUACUACUCGUUUUUCUCUGCGCCGGGCCUCGCCGUCAACCUCAAGAUGGAGAAUGCCACUUUCCCGCUGCGACGUGGUGUGGCAAGCGGGGGCGGCGUGGCCAGCGGCGGCGGCACAACGCUCAUCGUCGACGGCACCUUCAUCACCGAGGUGCACCUGGUCGCUCUGGUUGGCCGCGGAGGCGGGGACGACGCUGCAGGUAUGGGCGCAGGCGCCUCAGCGCCCCGGCGAAAGUGGCUGAACGUCUCAUACUGGACGGCGGAGCUGAACGAAAACAACUGGGGGUGGAAGAUAAUCACGGGCUUCUGCGGCGGCAGGGUCUUCAAGAUUGGCAAAGGCGGGCGAAAGGUGUGCGAGGACGUGACGAUCGGGGUGCGAAUGAUGACGGGCACGAUCUCGUGUGCCGACUGGACCGUCACUGUGCUGGGAUCCCCCACUCACGCGACGAGCGGCCCGGCUCAUCGAGCGGAUGUCGGCCUUAGCGCGAGCGGCGAUUACACGUCACGCAGCCUGCCACAUGGCAUCUUCGGCCAGUCCUUCUCUUCGCCAGGACCGCGCGACGGCAAGCGGGAUGAGUACCCGAGCAAUGGGCCGCUCUAUAACGAGCGCAACGGGCCCUUCUUGACGAGCGCCUUUGCUGAGGGCGCGAUCGAGGGCAAGGCCGCAGACUACGAGCUGCCGAGCGCCUUCGCCACGCGCUUUGCCUUCUCGCGGUUCGGAGAGUCGCUGCUGCCCCCGUCCGCAAACGCCGCCGACGGCGAAGCGCUACAUGAUGACUCGUCGGGCAAUGCUGUCCUAGAAGCAGCCGUCGGGGAGCUGGAGGAACCCGGGAGAUGA